AUGUUCAAAUCCUUCGGCAAGAUGAUGGGGUCCUCCAAGAAGGGAAAGUCAAAGUCGGCAGAUGGCGAUGACUUUCCCAACGAGGAUGGCAGCUUUGCGGAUGGGACCAACUAUGGCAGGACCCGCGCGAAAGAUGCGGCCUCCUUGAGCGCCGAGAAUGGCGGCGGCAUCCCAGGCUCUCGAAGUGGGAGAACAACGCAAGGACGCGGACCGAGUGGCGCUACAGCUGCUGCUGCCGCGUCGCCGAAUCACGCUGAUGACGCCGUUCCGACAAGGAUUGAAAAGCAGGGUGGAUUGAGUCGCCAUGAAUCUCCCUUACCUUCACCUUCUUCAUCGCACGCUGAUGGUCUGAAUGGAAGCGGUCAUGAUGCCAUGUCUCCCACACCCGGUCCCGACGAGUCUUUCACAAGUCAAUCUGCAUCAGCCCAGGCAGGAGCAGCUGCGGCCAAUGCGCCCGCGGGUAUCCCUACUACGCAAACAAUCUUGGCGAAUCCCAUGGGGAUUGGUGGAACAUCGGGACCUUCUUCAGCAUCCAGAGGAAGCAUGGCGGGCAGCGGAUCUGCGAGCGGCCUCGGAAGUGCGGGUGGACCGACACCGGAAGGUGUGCGCACUUUCGACAUCGACGACAUGAUCACCAGGCUGCUCGAAGCAGGCUACAGCACGUCCAAGCUACCCAAACCUGCUCUCAAGAAUGCCGAAAUCACAGCAGUCUGCACUGCGGCGCGAGAAGUCUUCUUGUCUCAACCUACAUUAAUAGAGCUCAGUCCACCGGUCAAGAUUGUCGGAGACACGCAUGGCCAGUAUCAGGACUUGUUGCGCCUCUUCGAGAUGUGCGGUUUCCCUCCUCAAGCAAAUUAUUUGUUUCUUGGUGAUUAUGUGGAUCGUGGUAAACAGAGCCUGGAAACCAUCCUCUUGCUACUCUGCUACAAGAUCAAAUACCCCGAAAAUUUCUUCCUGCUGAGGGGAAAUCACGAAUGUGCAAACGUGACCAGAGGUGAGUACAAGCUGCGAGCCCUCGCUCGCGAAAGAUCGCAAGGGUCCCCUGUUGCGUUUUUUCAAAAGUCUCAAAAUAGACCAAAGCAUAGACGACGCUGAUCGACACGUCUUGUGGCCAGUGUACGGCUUCUACGAUGAAUGCAAGCGACGAGUGAACAUCAAGAUUUGGAAGACCUUCAUCGACGUCUUCAACACUUUGCCCAUCGCAGCCGUCGUAGCCUCCAAGAUUUUCUGUGUGCAUGGCGGCCUGAGCCCGUCGCUGUCCAACAUGGAUGACAUUCGACGCAUCGAGAGGCCGACCGAUGUGCCUGACUAUGGUCUGCUCAACGACUUGCUGUGGUCAGAUCCUUCAGAUACUGCGCUGGACUGGGAAGACAACGAAAGGGGCGUAAGCUACUGCUUUGGUAAAGCAGUCAUUCAGCAAUUCUUGGCGCAGUAUGAUUUCGAUCUCAUCUGCAGAGCUCACAUGGUGGUAGAGGAUGGGUACGAAUUUUGGAACGAGAGGACGUUGGUGACGAUCUUCUCGGCGCCAAACUACUGCGGAGGUAAGUCCAGACGGGGUGACCGCAGGUGUGCAACCAGGAGGGCACGCCGCUGAUGCCGCCCUCAUCCAACCGCAGAGUUCGACAAUUUCGGCGCAGUGAUGAGCGUCUCAGAAGACUUGCUGUGCGCCUUCGAAUUGCUCAAAGUGAGUCCUAUCGACCCGCAGCAUCGGCUUCGUAAAGACGCAAAUUCACCACUUUGCCCGCUUUCCUGCUCUUGUAGCCGCUUGACUCGACCGCACUGAAAAAAGAGAUGGCUAAGAACAAGAGGCGCUCGAUGCAGCAGCAUCAGUCUCCUCCUGCACAAAGGCAAGGGUCGUACUAG